AUGCAACAGCCAAGAGCCUUUGCCAGAAUCCAAGAAGCAGUGGAGAGCUGGCGCCAGGAAAAACUACGAGAGGUCAAACAAUUGACACUUGGACAGACAACCUUUAAUUCAACCAUUCCAGCCGAAGAAGCAAAGAAGAUUUUAAUAGCCUUGGAGUUUGAUUGGAUUGUGCUACUUGAAGAAAUUGGCCUUUGGACGCCAGCUGAAAUCGUCCAGAAGGAACAUUAUGAUAAAUCUGAGAGGGAGCUUGAACUUGAGGAUCAAAUUACACUCGGCAAGCCAAUUCCACCGGAAUGCAAUGCCAAAAUUCAUACGGAUUAUGAUGGGACCGCUGUCAGAUGGGGUCUUACCCACCCUAAGGAAAGUGCUGCUGACUGUUGUCAGGCCUGCUUGGAUCGGGCUAAACAUGCGAAACUGGGUGAAUUGAAAUGCAAUAUAUGGGUUUAUUGGCCUUCUGAGAGAGGGUGCUAUUCGCCAGAUAUUAAUGAACACAAGCAUCAGGAGUGGUGGCUGAAACAUAUCCAGGAAGCAUCAAUAGAAGGAGAGAGUCUAGAGGGAAUCUCUUUUGAGGGGAUUGGAAUAGACCCAAGAGACCCAAAUGCUCUUCUGCUUGGUGAUGAUUUUCCAGAUGAGUUUAAAGAUGGCAGCCGCAUUGAUAUCCUUGAUUUUGCGGAGACCUAG